ACGAGCCUGCACACCGACGCGCACACACACGCAGGUACGCGAGUACACACACAAAUGUGUGUUGUAUUGGAUUUUUUUCUCCGCCGAGAACAUUUCGGAUUGCUUCAUUUUUCGGGAUUUAGGAUCUCCCAGCUAGGAAUCGAGUGGCCGCAAUGAACGAGGGGAGCCAGUACUCCAUCCACACGGUGUGCCGCACCUGCCUGUCGACGCUGGACGACGCGGCGGCCUACGAUCUGUUCCGAGUGCCCGGUUUGGCCAAAAAGCUGUGCGUCUGCACCUCCCUUUCCGUGGAGCAGGCGGAUGGCUUCCCCAAGAACCUGUGCACCGUGUGCUACUCCAAGCUGAACGACCUGCACGAGUUCCAGAAGCAGUGCGUCGACUCGGUGCAGAAGUUCCAGGAUCUGGUGGCCAGCAACGCCUUUGCCUGCCAAACGAGCUUCGAUGUUCUGGAUCCCAAUGUCGCCGUUCAGGAUUUGCCAGGCGAGGAGGAGGACAACGUGCACUUUGAUCCGCUGCUCAACUCCAAGAUCGAGAUCAUCGAGAACGAGGAGGACGUCUUCAAGAUGCUGGAGUCCGUGGAGAAGGAGGUCGAGGAGGUGGAGUUGGAUCAGCUGGAAUCCCAGGAAGACUCCUUCGAGAGCGGCAACGAUAAUGAUCUGGAUGCGGACUUCCAGCUGAACAGCAGCGACGACGACAUUCCGCUGGCCCAGCGCAGCCGUCGAGGUCGAGGAGGAGCCAGGGGUUCCAAGGCGGUUAAAGGCAAGUCAAAGGCGGCCGACGAGGAAUCGGAGGACAUCAGCUCCUCCGACGAAGACUCCGAUGGCAAUCCCAAGGACAAGCCCAAGCGCAAGAGGAUUCCCGCCCAGGAGCGGGAUCGCCACCGUUUGAUCGAUUGCCACAUCUGCCACCAGAAGUUCAAGAAGGCGAUCCGCUACGAGGAGCACAUGAAGCACCACAACGACCUGCUGCCCUUCCAGUGCAAGGUGGAGAGCUGCCUGAAGGGCUUCACCACCGCCAACGGGCUGCGCGUCCAUGUGGAGCACGCCCACACGGAGACCUCGGCCAUGCAUCCGUGCACCUACGCCGGCUGCAACAAGUCCUUCGCCCGGCCCGUGCUGCUCAGCUUCCACAUGAAGCGCGUCCACAAGGUGGACACCCCGCAGCGGGACUUCCCCUGCACCGAAUGCGAGAAGGUCUUCCGCUGCCCCACCGCCUUGAAGAAGCACAUGUACAAGCACACCGGCGAGGAGCUGCCCUUCGCCUGCGAGAUCUGCGGCAAGCGCUUCCCGAUCAACAGCGUCCUGCGCGACCAUCUCCUCCGCCACGCGGGCAUCAAGAAUCAUGUGUGUCCCUACUGCGGAGUAGGGAAAACCACCCGGCAGGAGUGGAACAAGCACAUUCUCACGCACACCAAGGAGAAGAAGUACGAGUGCCGGCAGUGCGAUCAUGCCUCGCACAACAAACAGGCUUUGGCCAAUCACGUGAAGGUGGUGCACGAGAAGCGCAAGGAUUUCGCGUGCCAGUACUGCGGCAAGACCUUCGGGAAGUCGCACGCCUGCAAGAUUCACGAGCGGAGUCACACGGGGGAGAAGUGCUGCGAGUGCAAGAUCUGUGGAAAGGUCUUCCUGUUCGAAAAGGGACUCACGAAGCAUCUAAAGACCCACGAGAAGCGGGAUCUGCCCAAGACGCAGGGCGCGAAUCCGCUGAUGGGCGGCGACGGAGCUAGUGGCUCCUCCACCGCCACCAUUGCCAAGCCCAGUCCGCAUUUGCGUGGACGCGUGGAGCGCGUGGACAUUGCCCAGCUGGCCGGAACGGUGGCCAAUCCGAUUCCCUCAGUGAAUCUGCCCUCCUGGUCGCCGCAGGUCAACUUCACCAAGAAGGAGGGCCAGCACAUCUGCCCCGACUGCGGCAAGGGCUUCAACCACGUGAGCAACAUGAAGCUGCACUACAAGGUGGUCCACCAGAAGGUCAAGGACUUCUGCUGCCGCUUCUGCCCCAAGCGGUUCGCCAAGAAGCAGUAUCUGCGGCACCACGAGUACAUACACACCGGCGAAAAGCCGUACGAGUGCAAGGUGUGCGGCAAGCACUUCCGCCAGGAGCAGGUGCUCAAGACGCACAUGAAGGUGCACGACAAGCCGCCGCGUCCGCCCGGCAAACCCAAGGAACCGGCGGGCCAAAAGGCCGAAACGAGCACCGCUGUGAAGCGCCAGCAGCCCAAGAACUUCGAGCAGUAUCAGGAUCCCGCUGCGGAACGGGCUGCGGCCACCGCCGAGCUGCUGGCCUACCAGAUCGAGGAGAACGAGGCCAAGCGGAAGGCGGAGGCGGAGCUGCGGAAGAUCCAGGAGGCCGCCUUCGAGCAGCUCAACAAGCUGCAGAAGCAGACAAACACCUACGACGGCUUCUACGCCCAGAAGGCCGAGGCGGAGGGCACUUCGGUGGACGCUCUGAAGCUGGACCACGUUUGAGCGGCAUUAUCCCUUUAAUUAUGUGUGUUUCUAUGAAGGACAUGUAUGAGUUUUAGGUCUCUAAGGUUUACCAACUAAUUUCCGUCACUUUGCAAGCAUGUUUUUACUUUUUUGUAUUUAAACCACCACUCCCCCUCUCAGCUGCUUAAGUUUGUACUUUAUUGUAUUCAUUUAUAACUGAAUUUAACGAUUUAAAUAUGAUUAAAUAAACAGUAAUAAGUAUUCAA